AUGAAAGAGCUGCAGUUCGUUCUUUUAGAGAUAGCCAAUAAGACUUAUAUCGAAGAACAAACCCAACUGCAGCGAGCAAUAUUUCGUAAGUACAAUAAACGAAAUAGACCAGUGCGGAAUGAUUCGGAAUUUCUUGAUGUUGCUGUUCAUGUUUAUUUAAUGCAUAUUUCCGUAAACCAGAUUGAACAAACUAUAACACUCAAUGGCCAUUUAUAUAUGACUUGGAGAGAUGAAUUUGCCGUAUGGGAGCCUACCGAAUAUAAUGGAGUUCGCAUUACGAUGGUAAAACAAUGGGAAAUUUGGGUUCCAGAACUUAGGAUAACAAAUAGUAAUUCAUUUCUAUCAAUAAUCGAAAAGUUUUUAUUUAAGUGGAGCCGGAUCGAAAUCUAUCCAACUUUUUCAAUAAAAAUUGGUUGUGCAUUUGAUUAUUCAGCGUAUCCAUUUGAUACACAAAGUUGCGCCUUGGGUAUUUAUACGAGCCAAAGAAUGAGUGCUGUUCAAUUAUCAAUUUAUUACAAUAUACAGCCGACUGUCCAACUUGGUUGGGGUGCUCAAUCAGAAAAAGUACAUAUAAGCGAUUGGAGGCUUCAAAGCGUAACAAUGAAUUUGAGUUAUUUCAGUAAUGGUAAAUAUACAGAUGAACGACCGAUAGAAGCUGAAGAACUUGAUUCAUCAUGGACGGUAUUGCACACAUGGAUAAAUCUGAAACGUAGUGCAUUUUGUUUCGGAGUAGCAAUUCUUCUACCAUCGAUAAUUUCAUUCCUUAUUCUUAUCUUUUCAUUCUUGCUACCUUCCUGUGAAUCAGCUAUUUAUAUCCUUAUCGCAAAUUUGUUUUUUCUCGGCAUCUUCUUAGAAGAUCUUAUUGCAAUGCUUCCACCAAGCAUAGGACGACCCCCUCGAAUAGUGCAUUUUUGUGGGUCUAACUUGGCUUUAACAACAUUAGCAAUUGGUUUGCAAUUUUGGUUGCGUUAUCUUAUAAAACGGCAGAAUCCAGCAUAUGGAUGGACACUACACUUCUUGAAGGUAACGCGAAUACUACUUCCAAAUCAUUGGCGAUUUGACGAGCUUGGCGUAUCUGAAAAUUCUAACUCUUCAAAAAUCUCAAAAUCAAGUUUGUUUCGUUUUUUCAGUUUGUUCUCAGAAAAUAUUUCAGAAAUUAAAAAUUGUAAUAUUAUUUAUAUGGAUUUUUGA